AUUAUCUCACAAGUUAUUGAAGUGAAACUUAAACCACUUCCUCCAUUUCCUUAACCCCUAAACCCCUUCUUUCUCUCCAACUAAAUGGGAACCAGCCAAGCACUCACAAGUCGACGGCGUUUCCGCGGCAUUCUAGACGAAACCGUCGGCGAAGGAACGCACUUCCUCAUCCCAUGGGUCCAGAAGCCUUACAUCUUCGACAUCCGCACUCGUCCCCACACAUUCUCCUCCGUCUCCGGCACCAAAGAUCUUCAGAUGGUGAGUCUCUCCCUCCGUGUCCUCUCCCGCCCUAACACAAACCGUCUCCCUGUCAUUGUCCAGAACCUCGGCCUUGAGUAUGAUGAGAAAGUGCUGCCUUCUAUUGGCAAUGAGGUGCUUAAGGCGGUUGUCGCGCAGUUUAAUGCUGAUCAGCUUCUUACUGAUCGGCCACUUGUAUCGGCUCUCGUUCGCGAUAGCCUUGUUCGGAGAGCUAAGGAUUUCAAUAUCAUUCUUGAUGAUGUCGCGAUCACGCACCUCUCUUACGGUACUGAGUUCUCCAGGGCUGUUGAGCAGAAGCAGGUAGCGCAGCAGGAGGCCGAGAGGUCCAAGUUUGUUGUCAUGAAAUCUGAGCAGGAGCGUCGCGCUACCAUUAUCCGUUCUGAGGGAGAGAGUGAUGCUGCAAAGGCAAUCUCUGAAGCUACUGCAUCUGCUGGUAUGGGAUUGAUUGAGUUGAGGAUGAUUGAGGCUGCCAGGGAAGUGGCAGCCACACUGGCAAAGUCUCCUAACGUCUCUUACCUGCCUGGUGGAAAGAACUUUCUCAUGCCUCUUAAUCCUUCGCGGUGAUGCCUGGCUCAAUGACAUGGGGGUCAUGGCAUGCUUGGUUAAUUGAUUCAUUGUUUUGAGGCUCUCCUUUGUUGGAAAUAAGUUUCUUGUUUUUUACUUUGUAGACCAAAUGAAUUUGGACCAUAACGUUUGAUGAUAAAUAGGUCCUUUUAGUUGCAGGAAAUUAACGAUAUGCAAAGUAGAUAAGGUGAGAGAUUAAAUUCAA